GCAGGCGCUGGACGCAUUUUGUAACGUGGGUGUAAUAAAGUUCGGGUUAAGACAUUUGGACGGUGUAACUAGUGACAGGUCAAGACGACACUAUGGACCAACCUAACUUACUGUCGUCCUGCCUUUUUCUAAACCAAAGACAGGUAGAAGUUGUUCUAAAUCGCACUACUUUUUCAUGGAAGGAAAUAGAGAAAAGCAGAAAACGAAGUUUUUGCAUUUCUGAAGCAGCACACAGCCAUACCGUUCAAGUGUGUGAAAUAGUGGCUGUACGCAAGACAGAAGAUGAGGACGACACACAGACCAGGAGGCAUCAGAAAAAGACAAACCACCUCUCCCAGCUGUAUCCCUGUGCAUUCACAGUUUCCUAUGUGAGGAGGACCAGGCGACACCGGUGGCGGUGUAGUGAUGUCACCUUUCUCUGUUCCAGCCAGGAACUCUGUGAGCAGUGGAUCCAAGUUACAAAUGAGCAGCUUUCAUUACUCACCAGCCGACCAAAGAGCCUGCUGGUGUACAUCAAUCCAUACGGGGGGAAGCGGCGCGGGAAGCAUAUUUACGAGCAGAAGGUGGCCCCAGUGUUUCGGCAAGCUGGCAUCUUCACCGAUGUAAUUGUUACUGAACAUGCCAAUCAUGCCAGAGACCACUUGAAAAUGGAAGCUAAUAUAGACAAUUAUGAUGGGGUGGUGUGUGUGGGUGGAGAUGGGAUGUUCAGUGAGAUCCUACAUGGGUUGGUUACAAGGACACAAACUGACCACAAUGUAGACCAGAACCAACCAGAUGCUGAGCUGGUGCCAUGCUCUCUUCGCAUAGGCAUCAUUCCUGCAGGUUCAACUGAUUGUAUCUGUUUUGCAACUGUGGGAACAAACGAUCCAGUUACUUCUGCUCUACACAUCAUUGUGGGUGAUUCCCAACCAAUGGAUGUGUGUUCAGUUCAUCACAAUGACAUUUUUCUCAAAUACUCUGUUUCAUUGCUUGGGUAUGGUUUCUAUGGUGAUGUACUGACAGACAGUGAAAGGAACAGAUGGUUUGGUCCUGCCCGGUAUGACCUGUCAGGGGUAAAGACCUUUCUCAGUCACAACCACUAUGAAGGCACCGUCUCUUUCCUCCCCACUGAGGACAACAUAGGGCACCCAAGGGACAUGCUUCAGUGUCGAUCUGGGUGCCACAUCUGCCAGCACAAGCGCUCAAAGAAAAAGCACAGUGAGACGUCAGCAGAAAAAGAAAAGCCUGGUGAAGAUAGCAGCAGUGGCUGGAAUGUAAUCCAUGGGAAGUUUAUUGCCAUUAACGCGGCCAGUAUGAGCUGUGCGUGUCCCCGAAGUCCAAAAGGCCUGUCUCCCUCCGCCCACCUUGCUGAUGGCACCACAGACCUGAUCCUAGUCCGGAAGUGUUCCCGUCUGGACUUCUUCAGACACCUCCUUCGACACACCAACAAAGAGGACCAGUUUGACCACACGUUCGUAGAGGUCCACCGGGUGAGGAAGUUUUCUUUCCAGCCAAUGCAACGCGAGCAUUUUUCACAAGAAGACCUCAGUGAAUUUCCAGUAAAGACAGGCUUCAGUCCCAUAUGCUCUGCACAAACAAGCUGCAGCUACCGCACCGCCCACAGCAGCUGGAACUGCGACGGGGAAAUCCUGCGUCAAGCUGCCAUUCAAGUCAGUGUCCAGUGCCAGCUGAUCAGGCUGUUUGCUCGGGGCAUUGAGGAGCAUCAGCAGUGUGUUUAAAGACUCUUGCGCCCUAUCGACCUUGGACCUUAGCACAGACUCGUUAGUGAAAACUGGAAAAGAAAACAGAGAUGCAAUUUGUUAAGUUCUCCUGGAGAAAAAAAAAAGUUAAACUAUUAUUUUCUGGCAUCUGGUCAUCUCCAUAGUGUGUUUGCCUUAAGAUUUGCAGCAGGUCCCGUUUGUGCACAACAAGUGAUAAAUAUGUCACAAAAACUGAGACAUGAAGUACAAACUGACAGCCAUUCGGGAGAAGAGAUAUUUAAAUUUGAAAAAAUGGUGCAUUGGAUUUUAUUAAGUUAUUGAGGACUUUAAAUGAAAGCUGUCCCUUCUGCACUAUAAGUGUCAAAACUGCUUCACAAGAUGUACAUUAUUAAUGCUAAGGCAGCCAUGAUAAAAUUUAAGUUUCAGGUAUUUUUCUGAAAAUAAAAGAUGCUCAAUGUCAAACGACCUUAAACAAACCGAAAGUCCUCACAGCCAGAUGAAAGAGAGCUGGACUCAUCCUCCAAUAACUGUGUUAGAAUUUUUUUUUUCUUAGCUUUAAAGUAAAGAGGAAACAGCUUUGUGAGAGUAAAAGAAAUAUACCUGUGAAGUACACUGAUAUGCUGCAUACACAUCCAAGUAAUCUGAUCCUUUUGUAGGGGAAAAAAACAUUUCACAUAUGACCCAUGUGAUAAGAGAUAUGAGCCAGGGGCACUAAUGAAAAGAGCUGAAUACCCUACUAAUAUACUAACAGGACCCUGGUGGCUGCUGGGUGAUAAAGCAAAGUGGUUGCUAAAUGCUUUGGUGUGUCUGAGCACUGCUGUGCUGCACCUGUGGCUCUGAGCUCUGCUUCUCUCUGCCAAAGAAAACUACACACAGUUUAAUCAUCACUUGGGAUCACCAGAUUUAUGCAUUGUUAAUGUUAUUAGAGGUAAUCUAUUAUUCUGCUCUAAAAUUAGCCUUGUUUAGCUCCUUUAAGUCGUAGGUGAAGAUGGUCUUGAUGUCACAGGAACAAAGCCAUGAGAGAAGUGAUGCAUGCAAAGUUGAAGUGCUCUUCUUUGUUGAGACUGAAGAGUAAAUGUUUAAAGAUUUCAGUGUUACAUGGUUUGUUUGUUCUUUUUUUUCCUUCUUCUUUUUCUUCUGGUACACCUUAUUCUUGUGUCUUUUGUUGAGUUAGUCUGUAUUGGCGUCGCUGAAUAAAAAAAGUCUAAAUAAAAAAAGUAACACAACACAAAUUAGCUGAUAGACUUUUUUUUCAGUGUCAAGGUGUUGAAAAAUGAAAUAGCUCUUUAAUUAUAUAUUUUUUGAAAAUGCCAGUGUAAUGAGUUAUCUCUUGAACCAAUUAGCCUAACAAAUGCCAUUUUGCUGAAACUUGUUUAAAGUCUAGAAAUGUAUAAAACAAGUGUCCUAUAGAUGAGCAAAGUAUGUCACACUCUAAUCCACUGCUUUAUUUCCAAUAAUUGUUCCUGAUAUUCAGUAUCUCUCUUCAUUACGCAACUUUAUGUAAACACACCCCAUAUUUUUUAAACUAUAAGAAGUCAGCCAUCCUCUUCAUCAAUUUCAGAUCAUCUUAAGGCGACCUUUAGCUCAAAGUGCAAUUUUCUUUCACAACAUGAUGGAUACAAGUUCAGGUAAAGAGAAGUCACCUAAAGAAAAUAUAAUCUUGAUAUUAAAGCUGUCUUCUGAGCUUGCAAACUAAACAGCCAAACUUUCAUCACUGGCCCUCUUGUGAAACAGACUAUUGGUUAGCUCGAACUUUCCUCGUACUUAGCACAAAAAGUAAGGAAGUUUAUGUUUGGUCAAUUAUCUUUUCCCCUUUAGUAAUACCAAUUGGCGUUGUCUUACACACCACUGGAAAGCCUGGUUAGUCACCUUUACAACAAGCUAUUACACAAAAGGAUGGAGCAUUUGUUGAACGAUCAACACAGCUAAAUGUGUGUGUACAAGAAAGAAGAAUAAGCACCAACACGACUAGAAAUUUUGUUAAAUGUUUGGGGGAACCUUACAACUUAAACCCCAUUGUGAUGAUUACUAACCAGGCUUUCCAGUGAUGUAUAAUAUAAUGCUUAGUGGUAUUAUUAAGUGGGAGAAAUUAUCAACUGAAUAAAAAUGUCACCUGUUUUUUUGUGCUAAGUUUAGAUAACCUGGAACACUGCUGACUCUUUUCAUGGAGGCUAGUUAGCUUAGCUUGCUAACACAGAUUUCAGCUAGGAAGUUUUAGUUUAUGCCACUGCAGCAUCUACUGUGCAUUUAUUUUCAAGUAGUCAGUCCUUUGCUCCACAUCAUUACAGGUAGGAAAUGUUAGCUAGCUGCUUUGCUCUCAUGUGUCUAGUUAAAUGACACUUAUUGUUAGCUAUUUUAGCAGAUAAUAAAACUGAAGCGAUGCUGUGGUUUGUCUCUAGCUAAACCCAAGCUUUACAUUACAAAGUCAAGUAAUGUGAAGUGCUCUUUUGGGGGCACUUUAAGGAUGAAAUCUGAAGCCAAAAAUUAUGUCAAUUUAAUUUCCAUUGUAAGCAUUAUUCAACGUUGCUGUGCCUUUUGUAUUUGUGUAAACAAGGUACAUAUGUAUAGUAAGCUGUGAUGCAUAGAAAACAUGAUUUAUUUAAAUGAAAUCCUAAAUAAAGUCUUUAUCUGCUGUUUGCUUUAUCUUUAUCGAGUACUAGACACUAGUGAUGCUUCAUUCUCAGCGUUUCCCUUUCUCUGAGAUACACAGACUCCAACGCAUACACUCAAAGGUCAGCGCUUCCCUGCUCCGGCUUUUUCAAUCUCACUCCUUCACUCUUUCUGUCUCUGUAUGAGUGGAAUUUAAUAGGGUGCUCUGAUGUGAGCGAGAUGUUUCAUUACUUACUAUCAGACAUCAAAGGUCUCUGCUCAGAUACAGUGGUAUUUCAAGCUAUGCUCAUUCCUCAUAGUCUCUGGUUCUUCUUUUUGGUGCUGCAAGGUGAUAUGGAUGGUAUAGAUACAAUAUGGGAAUCUAAAUUUCAUAGUUAAUCAGUUUCUUACUACAGUGGCACCAUAUAUUAUAAUUCAUAAUAAUCUAAAUUAAAUAAAUCUACUUAUUUUUUAUUUAUUUAUUUGUUUUUUUGGUCAUGUAUGUUAGAUACUGCAAAGGUCAAAACUGAAGGGCAGUAACCUCUGGCUCCAAAACGUAAUUUGCUUGAGUUGGUCCCUUAUCAAGAAUAUUCCACUUAUUUAAUGAAAUGCAUUUCUAUGUCAUGGUGUCACUGGCUAGAUUUACUCUUUCUGAUCAGGGUGCUGGAGUUCUUUCCGAAAAUCAAAAAGAUACUCGUAGAUACUUUUGUCCAAUCAGCUUUCAAAAAUCACUUUCCAACUCCAAUGAAAAUAUGGCAAUUCUGGCUCAACAAAACCAAUAAAUAACUGAAAUGUUAAAAAUAAAUAUUUUUUUAAAAGAUG